UGAUGGCACUGUGUGUGGAGCACAGAGCAGUGUGUGAGCUCGUGCGGAGCCUGCGGCAGGGGGACCGGACGGUGACACCGGAAGGGGACUGACGGCAGACAGAACAUGACAGGGCUGCGGGCAGCAGGACAGUAGCGCGGCCGGCAUGGACUUCCAGGCUGAGUUGCCCUUGGUGGGGCUGAGUGUGGCAGUCUUCUCCAGCCUGCUGAACGGCUCCACGUUUGUGCUGCAGAAGAAAGGCAUCCUGAGAGCCCGCACCAGAGGUGUUUCUUACCUUACAGACCUGGUAUGGUGGAUAGGCACCAUCACAAUGGCUUUGGGGCAGAUUGGAAACUUCCUGGCAUAUACUGCUGCUCCAGCUGUGCUGGUAACUCCAUUGGGUGCUCUGGGCAUUCCUUUUGGGUCCGUUUUGGCCUCAUAUGUGCUGAAAGAAAAACUUAACUUCUUGGGCAAACUGGGAUGUCUGCUGUGCUGUGUGGGCUCCAUUAUCCUUAUUAUCCACUCGCCUAAGUCCGAAAGCAUAACAACUCGAGCUGAGUUUGAAGAAAAGCUCUCAAACCCAGUAUUCCUGAGCUACUUGUGUUUUGUACUUCUGAUCUUGACGGUGCUGAUAUUCUGGCUUGCUCCAGUGUAUGGGAAGAAGAAUAUCAUGGUUUACAUAGGUGUGUGCUCUCUGUUAGGAACAUUUACCAUCCCCUGCACCAAAGGCAUUGGAUUUUUUGCUCAAGAUGUUUUUACCAACCAUCCAAGCAGAUCAAGCUCAACUUACCUUUUCCUUUGCCUCGUGGCAGUCCUGGGAUGUAGCAUUCUCAUCCAGUUUCGAUAUAUUAACAAAGCUCUAGAAGACUAUGACUCGUGUAUAUUUAGUGCUAUUUAUUAUGUUACCUUCACAACAAUAGUGCUGGUCGCAACUGCAAUCCUCUUUCAAGAAUGGACCAAAGUAGGAGCUGUAGAUUCCUUGGCCAUGUUGUGUGGGUUCACCACGGUGUCUACCGGAGUUAUUUUAAUUCAGAUGUUUAAAGAGUUUAACAUCAGCUUCUGGGAACUAAGCAAGACACCGGAGAAGAAGGAGUGAAAAGACCACUCUUAAAAAUGACCAAUGGCUAUUCCAUGUCAAAUUGGGUAAAGCUUGUGCUAACAUAUAUAUAUUUUCAUUUUCAAAAAUAUUCUUCUUUUUUUUAUGGCAAUGCACAAAAUAUUAUUUUUAUGCAAGGGUAACGAUAACUCAGUACAUUUAUACUGCUGGAGAAUAGAAACCUACAACUAGGACAUGACCAUGCACUGUGGCUAUCAUGUAUGACUUUAUUAUAAGGCAUAAUUGCUUAGAUAGUGUGGAGGUGUACUCAAUUACUUUUAAUCUGAUCCCACAUCCCCUGAGCAGAUUAAAGUCUAACUCCCAGGUGUAGGAGCAGUGAUAAAAGCCAUUUUUGUAAUGUACGUUAGUAAUUAAUAUUCUUUAUUCCUUCUCUGUCAGAGGGGUUCCAUUAGUGCCUACUUUUGUAUUAUCCAUUGACUGCUAUUGACUUUUUGAUAGUGUUUGUUACUGUUUACUACAAGGAGAUACCAGUGGUUCUUCAUACUUGUGAAGAAGAUUCUGAUCCAUCUGACCCAAAGGGAAACCUUGUCUGAUGAGACUGAAUGGGCCCCAGCACAGCUGUCUCGUACCACAGCUGAGGUUACUUCUACAGACGAGUCAGUGGGUCCUACUGGUCGCAUCUUUUGACCACAGUGCUCAUCAGUCAUUAUACGUAAUUAAUAAACUUCUAAUACACAAAAACUAAGGAAAACCUUUUGCAUAGAGGGAAUUUGUUCAUUUGCAUUUAAGACUGAUUAUAUUAUGUGUCCAAUAAUAGCCAGGAUAGGGGAUUGAAAUUCAGGCAGCCGAGUGAGAGAUUGUGCCUGGCACGCGAUGGAGAGUCUCGGAGGUUGUAUGUCUAUGCACAGAACCAGUGAGGCGUAAGGAUUUGUGUUUGUGUGUGUGUGUGUGGGGGGGGGGGGGUUAUAAUCGGCCUAGCAUCAAUUCUGGGAACUUGGUUGGGGGCUCUCCAAAGGAAUAGAGAUGGCCAGUUCGCAGUGUUCGCCCGCGAACACAUGCGAUCUGCCAUCUUAAUUGACAAGUACCUGUGCCUGUGCGCGAGCCGGUCUGAAAUGAAAUGCGGUCUCCGGGACCAGGCAGUUCCGAGAACAGCCUCCAGGGGCUUACCUGUGCCUCGCCGGACUUGUCAGUUAAGAUGGCAGAUCACAUGCGUUCGCGGGCGAACACUGCGAACUGGCCAUCACUGCAAAGGAAAACUUUGUUUAUACUACUGAAGGUCCGUCCCUGUUCUGGGUGGAAUUAUUUCAGGGGAAAUAUAUGUUGCUUAUACGGAUUUGUGCUCUGGACUUGUGGACCUUUAUCGCGUAAUUGAUCCAGUGAGUCAGGUAAUCUUAUUGUUAUAUUAAUCAGGAAGAUUUGAGAAAAGUCUUAGUGGCAAACAUUUUUAUAUAUUUUUUUUUCAUUCCAGUUAUAAAUGUAUAAUGCAGAAAAAUGCAAUUUAUUGGGAAGCAUGACUUAUUGACAUGGAAUAGCCAUUGUAGAUGGAUGCGUCAUUAUUGUGGUGGAGGGAACUGCUGUUGUCAAAUGCUCUCAGGUAUAACAUUUAAGGCCACUCAGUAUUCAUUAUGACACUUGACAACUGUUUACUGCUAUGUGUUAUUUAUUCACUAGUAAUAGAAGAUGUAUUAAUAUUAGAAAACUGAAAGUGGAACAGAACUGUAUUGGGGACACUGCUCCUCUGACUUUUGUACAGUUAGCGUCUGUAUGACUGACAAGUAUUGUCUGUAUUACUGUAGUGUAGGAAUACACAUUUAUCAUGGGGUCUGUGUGUACACAGCUAUGCUACACAGUCUGCAAGAGCAUCUUGACAUUAAACAUUCGUUAUCCAGUUUAGGAGCGAUUUACGACAAAGACUAUAACUGAACUGAGUAUUCCAACUUUAUACCCCACUCAUUAUGAAAUGUUUAAUAUUACUUUUUAUUUCUCGCCGAUUGACCGUAGGGGAAGCAAUACUUUUGUAGCGGAUGACUUGCAGAAAUUCACGCACAGAAUAUCACUUGUAUUUUAAAGUAAAUGUGUCAUCAGAAAAUGAUCUAUUGUUUAAGGGUACUUUUCACACUAGCGUUUUUCUUUUCCGGCAUAGAGUUUCGUCCUAGGGGCUCGAUGCCGGAAAAGAACUGAUCAGUUUUAUCCCC